UUAUUUGUUUCCCUUGCGUUUUACCCCAAAAAAAAUAAAAAAUAAAAAAAUAAAGGAGAGUUAUUAGCAGAGCAUGUUUGUGUUGGGGUGAUUUUAGUUUGUUCUUUAAAAUUUUUUGUUCGAAAUGGCUAGAAUAGAAAGACUGGCGUGUUGCCAUAUCAGCAAUCGGCUUAACAUCCGUCAGAAGAAUAUUCGACCCAUCCAUCACUACCCACAUUUUAUUUUAAACGAAAACAAAUUUUCUCUACAAACUAAAGCCUUUUACUCUCAGCCCUUGGGUGGACCGGAACUGAAAGCCAGACCUCAGCUCGUCGACGAAUUUACUGAGGACUCGUCAAUGGCCGAUUCCAAUUCUAGGGAUUUGCCUCAAUCUGAUUGUAAUGCCGAGGGCAAGGUCGACUCUGUUGCACCUGAUUAUGCGGAAAUUAUUGUUAUACGACAUGGUGAAACAGAGUGGAAUGCCAAUAACAGAAUUCAGGGACACCUGGAUGUUGCAUUAAAUGAGAUUGGAAGACAGCAAGCAGCUGCAGUGGGCGAUCGACUAUCGACUGAGCCUAAUAUCUCUGUUGUAUACUCAUCUGACUUGCAGCGAGCUCUUGAGACUGCCGAGAUAAUAGCACGUAGCUGUGGCGGACUUGAGGUUAUUCAAGAUCUCGACCUACGGGAAAGACAUUUAGGAGAUCUUCAAGGUGUUGUGUUCCACGAAACAGCCAAAGUUAAUCCCAAGGCUUACCAAGCCUUUUCAUCGCGCAGGACAGAUCAAGAAAUCCCAGGUGGUGGAGAAAGUUUUGAUCAACUUUAUCAACGAUGCACUUCUUCAUUGCAGAAAAUUGGUAGGAAGCAUAAAGGAGAGCGAGUAGUCGUGGUCACUCAUGGUGGUGUCAUCAGAGCAUUGUAUAAGCGGGCUUCCCCAAAUGGACGCUCUGGAGGGAAAGUACUGAAUUCAUCUUUAAAUGUAUUUCACUUGUCUGAUGGGGAUAUUUGGACCUUAAAAGUCCGGGGCGAUGUUAGUCAUCUCAGUAAAACAGGAUUUUUGAAAUCGGGGUUUGGAGGAGACAGUACUUCUGGUUAAUCCGACAUGGGCACUGGCAUUUUGCUGUCAUUUGCAUAAGCAAUGGCAUACUGGAAUUCUAGGCGAAGGGAUGAAAUGCCUGACAUUAUUGAAGUUAUCCCUAUAGUCAAUUAUUUCUGCCGAUCCAAAAAUUCAUUAAGUAAUAUCAUUUAUUACUAAGAAUAUUUAAUUACUCAUCCUAAAAUGUGUACCACUCAUCGUUCGGUCAAUUCAGUUGAUAUUUUAGUUUGAUCUA